GGAUUUCUUUUUCAUUUUCCAACAAUCAUCCCUCCAUUCAUCCACAGCAGAUUCCAACCCUUUUUCGUUACAUUCUGUUUCCCUUCCAUCCUCCUUGUACUAUCCUUUUUCUUUUUGCCGUGUACUAUUUUCUUUUCCCCUUUUUUUUUUUUGUUUUUAAUUUAUGUAAUUUAUCAUAAAGGGUUCUUGGUUGUCAUUUCUUUACAAGUUUGUAAUGAUGAUGAUGAUGGUCAUGAUGGGCUGCUCUUGUUACAUUUGUUUUGCGUGAAAUACGGCUUUUGUGGAUUCCUUUUUCUGGUGUGCAUUAAUCGUCACCUUCGUUUCUUGCUUGUUCCUUUUGCUUUCUGGGUUCUUCUCAGAAUUCAGAAAUCUGGGUUCCUUUUAUCAGAAGCCAAUUUUGAUUCAGACGAGAUAGCUUUUUGGAAUUACUUCUUUGUUGGGAUUCACUGUAAGAGAAUCAAAUUACGAAAAGGUAGAUUUACGCAGUUUUUGUCUCGUCACUGGAAAUCUGAAUCCCUCACUCUGUCUCUCUCUCUCUCUCUCUCUCCCCCACCCCCCCCGGCCGCGUGUCAACUUCUAGUGCUUCGGCAUUGCACGAGUCCCUUUCGUCCGAAACAGAUGUCUUUAAUGGUUUUGGGAUCCUUCCCCAAACUCAAGAUAAGUAUCACAUGGCUAUCUUUUGGCGCAUUCGGCUUUGAAUAUGGCACCUGGGGUUUGAUGCAUGUAGCUUUUUUUCGCUAAAUCUCUGGCCUUUCAAUUGAGUUUUUUCUUGGAGUUUUCUUAUGGUUUCCUCUGCAGAAAUUAUGGGUUGUAAACCUGUAAUUUUUUCAUGUCUGGACUGAGAAUUGUUACUGGUAGCGUUCUUCUGAGUGAACUUUAAAUGGACUUACCGCCUAAUCACAAACAUUCCAAAUUCUCUGGCCGGUAUUUGAAUUCCAUGGCAUGCAGAUGCGUUGUUUUGGUUGUGAUUGCUCUGGUUAUUAGAGCUGUUCUGCUUCCUACAUUCUCCGGCUUUGGUUGGAUUGAGCAGCAGAACUUGAUCUUCAUCCAGAACCGCUCUCUGUUAUUCACUUCUGAAUUUGGAAUUCGGAAAGAUAAAUUCUUGGAGGUUCCUCAGAUUGUAUGGGGUCUAAACAAUCAAAAGAUUGCAUUUGCAAGAGCUUGUCUAACUGCAAGAAUGCUGAACCGAACUCUUUUGAUGCCUAGCUUAAGCGCUUCCCUGUUCUACAAAGAAAUUGACCUCCUGCAACCCAUUUCCUUCGAUAAGGUGUUCCAAUUCGAGAAGUUCAAUUCACUCUGCAAUGGAUUUGUCCGAUUGGGUCGUUACUCCGAUCUUUCGAAUCGUACAGGGAUCUUUGAGCUUCGAAAGGGAAGCGGAAGGAAAUGGACAAUUGAGAGAGAUUUAGAUCAACUGAGACAGCAUAGAAAAGACACUACUGAUGGGCAUGAGGUAAUUCGAAUAGUUGGGAAGAACCCAUUUUUAUGGCACGAUCAUUGGCCUAUUAAGGACUAUGCCCGGGUAUUUGAGUGCUUAGUUUUGGUUGAUGAGAUAGCAAAGGAAGCGGAUAAAGUUGUAUCCAAGAUUAGAGAGAAAGAAAUGGAGGUAACAAGAAAAACUGAAUCUGUGCAACAUGGUAUCAGUUCUGAGAGUUCUACGUUUCAGCGAGUGCCUUAUGUAGCCGUCCACAUGAGAAUAGAGAUAGACUGGAUGAUUCACUGUAAGAAAUUAGAGCAGAGAUUUAACACUAGCCAAAUUUGUAGCAGCAAGGAGGAGAUUAUGGAAAGAGUGGGAAACAUUAUGGACCUAAAGACUCCAACUGUGGUUUACCUUGCUGUGGCUGACAGUCUUCUCGAAGAUUCUUUUAUAUUGAAUGGAUGGAAAGAAGGCUUGCUUCCUUUGGAGAAAAAGAAACUGGGCGUUUAUGGAAUCUACAGGAAGUAUCCAUAUCUCAUUCAGUCGGCAAUUGAUUAUGAAGUGUGCUUAAGGGCUGACGUCUUUGUGGGGAACAGCUUUUCUACUUUUUCGAGUCUUAUUGUUCUCGAGAGAACACAGAAGAUGAUUAAAGAAGGCAUCACGAGAUCGUGUGGGAUGGAUGUAAGGUGGCCGUCUUAUGCAUAUAAUAUAUUAGGGGAAUCGAAAGGCCCUCGUAGAUGGAUGACAAAUAUGUCUGAUUCAAGCCUUCAAGCAAUUAGCUAUGGCUCUAAUGACAUCUCUUCUUGUUGACGCUAAUGUUUGAUGUGCAGAAGCAUUCUUUUGUGGCUGGACUAUGUUCCAACAUCACCCGAGAGAUUUCACUCUCAAGGUACUCGCAAGCAUCUCCGUUGUAAAUUUUCAUUUACAAAAUGCUGUCUUUCCCUGUUCUUGUCUUUUGAAAGUCGAGAUUUUACCAUAUAUGCUACAAAUUUCUCAUGAUCUUGUUGGUGAUGCUUUGUACUGUCGCAAAUGUAAUGAUUUGAAGUUAAUUGGAGACAACUUGCGCCCUUGAAACAAAGAAAAUCACAUCAUAAGAGGGGAAGGAAGUUGAGGAGUAGAUGGCGGGCUGGUAUCCACUCUCCAGAAUGGUUACUUUGAUAUGACAAUUUGAUGCUUGUUGUGGAUUUCCAAAGCUUGUCAAACAACAGGAGACUAGAAGUUUUCUGAGCUCCCUUUUUUUUUAGUUUUCUGUUUCCCUUUCCCCUUUAUUCCUUUCUUUAUUGCUUGAAGGUUGGUGCAGCAAGGAGAAAGGUUUGUCCAAUCACCCAAUUUGUGAGCUCCAGAGUAUAAUCAGGGAAUUGUGGUCCCCUUCUACCGGGUAGUAUGUGCUCUUUGUUUUAUCUUGUUUUUCUGGUUGGAAGAGUGCUGUUAGCCCUGUUUCUGAGCAUUUUGAUUGUCCUAGAUUCCUUGAGUGCAGUGAUGGAAAACGCACUGCUGAGAUCCUUUACUUUUUGUUACGUGGGAGACCUCAAAUCGUGUGUCUCGUUAUUGUCUUCAACUGCAAGUCAGCAACUCUGAUCUGUCAGUACUAGCAACUGAAAUAGACACCACUUCUAUGGCCAUAGUCAUUUUUG